UAGGUGGCAGUAAGCGAACACGUCGCAAAGUUUCAAUGUUCUUUGUUUUGGAAUCGCUUUCCUGCCCCCAAGUCUCAAAAUCAGAAGCCAUAAAAUGUAUGACAGGUAUGUCAAAUUUCACAUAUAUCUGAUAGUUUUAUCCCACAAGAAGCAUAUCAUUUAAAAUAGUCUGUUAAACGUAACGCAGACCGACAAGUGCCAUUGUCCGUCGAUGGUUUUUGUGAUGCUAGCAUUUUUUUACACGGCUUAGCUUCGUUCCUCUCACGCCUCAGCGAACCAUUAUCACGGCAACCCAAUGAAUGUUAAUGUUUUUGUCAAGUAAAUCGACAGUUAGUAUGGAGGAAAACGAGUUUACACCAUUGACGGUGCCUACGGAUUAUUUCCAGCAGUGGUACCAGUCAAGCCAGCAGCACCCUGAGGUGCAGCAUGUGAUGUCCCACCAUAACCACUAUAGCGAGGGGCCCAGGGAUGAGCCAGUCAUGGCCGAACUGUCGGUACACAGGGAACAGCCACUCUGCCAGGAGCAGUUUUAUCAGAACUACUCCCACUACCAGGAGCCCGUCUACCAGCAAGAUCAGCAUCCUGCUUACCUGCACCAACAACAACAAUAUCCAGUACAACAGCAGCAGCAGGAGCCUCAGUUUGAACAUGCAGUACAACACCACCAACCCCAGCAUCAACAUUCAACACAGGAGGAGGAGCUCAAUGUUCAGCACCAACCUCCACCUGCUACUCCACCUCAAGUGGUGAAGCCGGUGAAGAAAAAGCGAGGCCGCCCGCCCAAGAAUCCGCGCGAAGGAGGUGGAGGGGGAGGUGGAGGAGGAGCGCUGAAAGAGGAAGAGGAGGAUGCGAGCGAGGCGGCGGCAAAGAAGGCCAAAAGGACGCUGAAUCGCUUCAACGGCAUGUCAGUGGCUGAGGUUAUGGCCAAAACGCUGCCUGACGUUAUUACCUACAAUCUUGACAUUUUGAUCAUUGGAAUUAAUCCAGGAUUGAUGUCUGCCUACAAAGGACACCACUACCCCAACCCUGGCAACCAUUUCUGGAAAUGCUUAUUUCUGUCUGGUUUCACUGAGCAGCAGCUGAACUUCAUGCAUGACGAGAGCCUGCCGGAGAAAUACGGCAUCGGCUUUACAAACAUGGUAGAGAGGACCACACCUGGCAGCAAAGACCUUUCCAGUAAGGAGAUCCGUGAAGGAGGGCGACAGCUGCUUGAAAAGCUGCAAAAAUACAAGCCGCUGAUAGCAGCUUUUAAUGGAAAAGGUAUUUACGAAAUAUUCUGCAAGGAAAUCUUUGGCGUGAAGGCCAAGAACCUGGACUUUGGCUUGCAGCCCUACAAGAUCCCAGACACUGAAACGGUGUGCUACUUGAUGCCUUCCUCCAGUCCUCGUUGUGCCCAGUUCCCCCGCGCACAGGACAAAGUGCACUUCUACAUCAAGCUGAAAGAGCUGCGAGACCACAUGAAAGGUGUCGUACCUCGCCGUGAGGUGCUGGAGACCGACUAUUCUUUUGACCUGCAGCAGGCUAAAGAAGAUGCAAAGAGGAUCGCCAUCAAAGAAGAGCAGAUGGAUCCCGAGUACGAAAGCUGUAGUGGUCAGCAUGAGAAUGUGAGGCAAAGUAAUCCAGGAAACUUUUACUGAAGUUACAUCAGGAAGGCAAUUUUCCAAACUGGAAUCGGCAAGCAAGAGGAAUCAGACAGCAUAAUGCUGAAUUUUCGUGGAAUGCACCAAAACAAAAAAAGACUACACACGAAUGUUUAAUCCUACACUUCACUGUGCAUGUACUGUACUAGGUUUAAUAUUUUCCACUAUUUAUUGCAUUUGGUAUCAUCUUUUUUUUCUCCUUUGGUUUCUUAUUUUUGUACUGUAUUUUGAAAUAAUGGAAUUGUGUGACCAUCUGUGUAAACAAGUAAUUUGUCUUUACGAUUUUUAUUAAAAUCGUAAUGAAGACCAA